GAACGGCUGCGUGGGGCGGGACUUAUCCCUAAACAGCCGCUUCCUCGUUCGCAAUGCUUGUCCUGGACGCUGAACAUCUUUCAUACAAAUAAAACACAUAAUUAGUAAAAAAGCAGCGGAUUUAUAAACAACCGCAGCUGAGCGAGACACCGCGGCGAUGGGUUUGUUGACCAUUUUGAAGAAGAUGAAGCAGAAGGAGCGGGAGAUGAGGCUGCUAAUGCUAGGUCUGGAUAACGCGGGAAAAACGACCAUCCUGAAGAAGUUUAACGGGGAAGACGUCAGCACCAUCUCCCCGACACUGGGCUUCAACAUCAAGACGGUGGAGCACAAAGGGUUUAAGUUGAAUAUUUGGGAUGUAGGAGGUCAGAAGUCUCUGCGCUCCUACUGGAAGAACUACUUUGAGAGCACAGAUGGGCUGGUGUGGGUGGUGGACAGUGCAGACAGACUCCGACUGGACGACUGCAAGCAGGAGCUCAGUGCGCUGCUGCUGGAGGAGAGGUUAGCUGGUGCAACACUGCUGGUGUUUGCCAACAAACAGGACUUACCAGGAGCCCUGUCAAAAGAAGCAAUACGAGAGGCCCUGGCACUGGAUAAGAUCAAAAGUCAUCACUGGUGUAUCAUCGGCUGCAGUGCAGUAACUGGAGAGAAUUUGUUAACCGGAGUGGACUGGCUAUUAGACGAUAUCGCUGCGAGGAUCUUCACCACUGACUGAGUCGGAGCGUUAUUGGACUAGCAAAAGUUGUUUCAUCAGCUGCUGUGACAUCUGUGCAGUCUGUACCCCCCCACUACAGGACUCUGACCUGGCUUUGAGAUUUUUAGUUAAAGUUGAUUUGAUGUUAAUGGCUCAAUUAACCAGUAUGAACUUGUUUACAGUAUGCAAUCUAAUGACUGACAAACUUCCUUGUACUUUGUGGAUUUGUCAGCUGAUGUGCCUCACUAAAGAUUUAAUGUAAACCCUCAAA